AGUGUUAUUUCUAUAGCUCUAGUGGAAGUAUGAGGCUUAUCAUAUUAAAAGUACUGUUCUGUUCUCCAAGUGAAGCUGAGGAGCGUUGAUAUUCUGUCAUGCCAUUCUAUGUCCGUGGCUGCUUUCAAGCCACAGAUCAAGUUAGCACAUUACAAAUAUAGAACAUUAGCAAAUCUGGAAAGCAACGUUAGCAUCCUGGCAAGUUUAAACAAAUAGAAAUAUUGAACUGACUGACAGCUAUGUUUCGGUAAACAACCGCAGAGUUUUCCAACAUACUUACUGCAUAGGUGCAUUGAGGAGCUGUGCACAAAAGUGAUCCUUAGGUGCAGAUAAUCUUAAUGCCAGCAUUAUGGGACAUCAGGUGAUAAUAUUUGACUUUUCAGCCAUAAGAGGUUUAUGGGAGAUUCGAGUGAAGAAGCACAAAGAAAAACAGAAACAGGAAAAAGAACGAAUAGCUCACAGCGCAUUAGAGAAGAUAAGGCAAGAAUGGGAUAUUAUGCUAGACUGCAAAAGAAAAGGCAUUCCACAGGCUGCAUAUUUGAAUAAUGGUUUCAUAGAUACUAACAGCAUCUUAGAUAAACUUGAAAAGAACUCACCACUGAUUAAGAAGAUUGCCUUGCUGAAUGACAAGGAAAGAAGCAAAUUUAUUUUUCAACUUUCAGGUGAACACUGGACAGAGUUACCUGAUUGGCUGAAAGAGAAAACAUACCUAAAAGAAUGGCACGUAAACAAUACUAAGAUCUCAAGCAUUCCAAGUUACAUUGCCUUAUUUCAGGAACUGAAAAUUCUCGAAUUAUCCAGUAACCAGAUUACAGAUCUUCCCGUUGAAAUUGGUUGUUUAAAAAACCUAAAAGAGCUGAAUGUAAGUUUUAACCGUUUGAAGACUAUCCCUCCAGAACUUGGAAACUGUGAGAAUCUUGAAAAACUGGAUUUGUCUGGAAAUUUAGAACUAAUGGAGCUUCCAUUUGAACUAAGCAAUUUGAAACAAGUGAGCUUUGUAGAUGUAUCAACAAACAAAUUCUUUUCAAUCCCAAUAUGUGUACUCCGGAUGUCAAAUCUGCAGUGGCUUGAUAUAAGUAACAACGGUCUGAGAGAUCUCCCACAAGACAUAGACAGGCUAGAGAAGUUACAAACUCUUCUUCUGCAGAAAAACAAGCUGACCUACCUUCCACAAGCUUUGGUCAACUUGCCAAAACUCAGUUUAUUGGUUGUGAGUAGUGAAGAUUUGGUUCAGAUGCCCACAGCCAUCUGUAACUCUUCCACCGGCUUAAAAUUUAUAAGCCUGAAGGAUAACCCUCUUGAAACAACCUCAUUUCAGGGGAUUGAAGAAAUAACAGAAAGUGACCGCGAUCGUGAACUGUUUGAAAAAGAAUUUAUGAAAGCCUACAUUAUGGAUAUACAAGAGAGAGAGAUUGUUCCUUGCUAUACCACAAAAGUAUCGCUUAGCAUCCAAAUAUGAACAGUGGAAUUUCUAUAAACAGGAACUCUUUAUAAAGACUUACUUCUGCCAGAUGAAUUAAAAACCAUCCUCAGCGUACAAUAGCAACAAAAGCUCUUUUUAAGAAGAAAAGAAUAAACUAUCAAUAAUAACAGAAGUUGACGCAUAAUGGAAGAUUCAAAUGACUGGGGUAGGCAUAUGAUAGUUGCAAUCAUACAUAACCAUGACUGCAUUCACUUUGCAAAAUGUUUCUGUUAUGAGAAAAAGGAUGUGAUUAUACUUAUAUGAAAAAAGUAGAAAGAUUUAGGUUAUAAGGCAUGUAUUGUAAUGGUUUUUUUUUUCCAGAUGAAACAAUAAACAUUCUGAUUCUUUCCUAUCCCAUUGUCAGGGAUAGUUAUUUGAGUCCUGUGAUCCACUGCAGAAUGAUCAGACUCAAGGUGUAAUUAACUGUGCUAUUCUAUGAAUGUUUACUCAGUUUCUACUCUGCACAGUUCACUGCCAGGAAAGUAAAUCUAUUCCCUGGAUUCAUUACAUCUACCGUAGAUUCUAUCUUUCAACUUGGAGUUCAAAAUGGUUGCAGGGAUGGGCAAUUGGAUCUAUACUACCUUCAGAGGUGGGUUCUAAAUUUUUUUACUACCAGUUCUGUGGGUGUCGCUUAUUUUGUGGGUGUGGCUUGAUGGUCAUGUGACAAUUCUUUAGGAUUUAGCAGAGGUACUGGUCUACCAGGCUUUUAACUGCUUGCAGAGCUGUACGGGUCUACUCAUUUGUUUUUGGAGGCACUGGUCUACUCAUUUAUUUUUGCAGGCAGUGGUCUACCCAUUUAUUUUUGCAGGCAUCGGUCUACUCAUUUGUUUUCUUUUAACACUGAUCAGCUGUAGGGCAGCCCUUUGAAGCCCCACAGCAAAAGUUUAAACAGUUUUUUUUCCCUCUAGUCCCUCCUGGGACUCAGGAGGCAGCAAUAGAUUGGGGGUGAGACCAAAUAAAAGGUAAGAAUAAUGUAGGGGGGGAGCGGGUGGGCCAGAACCGGUUCAGUGACAUCAUAUCGUCACUGCUACCGGCUUGGCCGAAACGGGAGGAACCCACCACUGACUACCUGGUGAGACAGAUCCAUCUGACACAUAGUGAUUAGCCCUAAAGUCACCCACUGAUCUUCAUGGAAUGUAGACCUCAAUCUAGAUCACCCUAUUUGCAGUUCAACAACUUAAUUACAUUGUUAGAUGGGAGGAAUAUUUGCAAAUAAAUAUAUUUUACAGACUUUAUUUUUCAGGUUGUUGUUUUUUUAAUACAUAUUUUACAGUGGUUGGCCAGGAAUUGUUUAGGUAGCCUGAGAGGAUAUGCAUGAACUUGAUGAGCAAUACUGCAGUUAUAGUUCUGAAACCUUAUGUUGUCCCUUUUCUUAAAAUACAUUAACCUCCUGCGUUUUUUUGAAUGGUAGCCUCAGACAAAGCUACUGCUUACACUCUGAGUUGUGGAAUGGCACAUAAGAAAAAAAAUUGAAAUGAUUGCUUAUAGUUAACCUGUUUAUUAUGUUCCUCUGAAGCUUCUUUUCCCAUUGCAUCCAUCCUUAGACUUGAAAUAAUUGCUAGUAAUAAAUUGCCAUACCGAACCAAUUAUGGUGGCUCUUCCCCCCCCUUUUUAAAAAGUUUGCACUUUCAAGGGGGGCAACCAGACUUUAAUUCAGAGCUGAAUGGCCACAAAAUGAUAGUCACAGCAGAGACACAGGAAACCACUUCGCUGCCACCCAGUGGCUGUCUGGAUUUUUGCAGAUGUGGUUUUUGCAGAUGUGGUAGUUCUAUUCAUUAUUCUCCCUUUCAUAUAUAAUAAUAUUUUAAACUCCAGAGAUUUUAAGACAACCCUUUACAGUAGGCAUGGGGGCACGGUUAAAGAUGAUGAGCUUGUUAGCUGGAAGGCUGACAGAUCCGAGUUCGAGAUCCGAGUGCUGUGUGAUUGGUUGAGCUCCGGUUACUUGCCUCAGCUCCUGCUCACCCAGCAGUUUGGAAACACACAAAUGUGGGUAGACAAAUAGGUACACAAAUAGGUACCACUUCAAAUAGGUACACAAAUAGGUACCACUUCAAUGGGAAGGUUAACAGCGUUCUGUGUGCUUUGGCAUACAGUCAUGCUGGCCACAUGACCAUGGAAAUUGUUUUUGGACAACGCUGGCUCCCUUGGCUAAGAAAUGAGAGGAACAUCACCUCUUGGAGUCAAAAAUGACUGGACAGGGGAAAUUUUUACGUUUACUUUCAUGAUAGUCAUUGCCAUGAUAUCUGUGAGUUAAAAUAAAGCUCCUAUGCAAAGCAACACCAAGAUGGAUUUGCAAAGAAUGUAUGGUUUCUGCUUUAAUUUCAUGCAAGCAAACACAUUUGCUUCAUGUAAAACUAUUGCCCAGUUUGCUUAGGAAAUUUCAGCCAGUCAGUCUGCUAUUUGGAGGUGGGUUUUUUUGAACAUAUUCUAAGAAGUUACAUGAAAACAAAGAAAUUAAAUUAAAUUUUCUAGUAAUCAGUAAAAGACCCUGAGCUUUUUACCUACAUAGUAAAUUUUUCUAUUUGUCAUUGUUAAUAAAGUUUGCCUAUGAAGAUAUUAAUAAAUACAGAGCUGAGCUACAUAAAAUGAAAACAUCGGCAAUCUUUAGGAUGGUAAGAAUUUGUCUUGAUAGGCACCAUAAAACUUUAGACAUAUAAAAAGAGCUUGACACAUUUCAGCUGUUCAAAGCUAGACAAAUAUUUAAGAACUAAGCACUUUCAUUAAUAUUUGUAACAUUAUUUGUUGGUUAUUAAAUGUUUUGAUCUUGUGCAUAAGACAUAAUUGUGUUUAUUUUUGUUUGAAAAAUUUACUUGUUUUGUAGUAUGUCAUUUUGUUGGUUUAGUGCACAUUAAACUUGUAAAAUAAUUUUGUUUUGCAUAAUCCCUUUUUCCAUUCAAUAAAUACUCUAUAUUGAUAAUCCAAUUAA